AUGGCUGCCAAGAACCCAUUCGGGUUCACGACAGGUCCGGUCACUUUCUGGCUGAUUGUCGUCUACGCGGCCUUCCUCGUUCCCCUUGUCUGGAUUCACGAAUCCGUGCCGUCUGUUCCUAGCCACAAUCCUUACACUGGCGUCAAUGUAACCGAGGCAUGGCAGGACUUGACGCACAUCACCAAGAACUACCACCCGUACAACAGCCGUGCCAACGAUGAGGUGGGCGCAUACCUCUUGACCCGGAUCGAGGAGAUCUUGCAACGCAAUGGAGUCGAUUAUUCCAAGGAAAAGGAUGCAGGUGGCGUUGUCUGGCCUCAGGACGCCCAUGGCACACCAGCACUUCCACGCGAAGAUGCCGUUGAGCGUGCUUCGACUGGCCCCCUCGUAACGGUCUUCGACGACAUAAUCUCAAACGUGACCUAUGCUGGCACCUCUGGCCCACUCGGUCAACCUGGUACUUCGGCCCAUGCAACCUACUUUGAGGGCACAAACAAGCUUGUAUACAUCCGCGGCACAGAAGACGAAGAUGGUGAAUGGUGGAAGGGCAAGCGUGGCAACAUUGGCCAGGGCGGCGUUCUCGUUAAUGCUCAUUACGACUCAGUCUCCACCGGCUAUGGAGCCACUGACGACGGCAUGGGUUGUGUAAGCGUUCUUCAGAUGCUCAACUACUUCACUUCUCUUGGCCAGCAGCCCAAGCGUGGAAUCGUACUAUUGCUCAACAACGGCGAAGAGGAUGGCCUGUACGGAGCCAGAGCCUACCACUACAGCCCUCUCUACUACUUCACAACCUCAUUCGUGAAUCUCGAGGGUGCCGGCGCGGGAGGGCGAGCCAUCCUCUUCAGAACCACUGACUUGGAGGUAUCCAAGGCUUACGCCAACGCUCCUCAUCCCUUUGGAUCCGUUGUUGCUGCAGACGGCUUCAAGCUUCGAGCGAUUAAGAGCGAAACGGAUUACAAGGUGUGGGUCGAGAACUUUGGCCAGCGCGGCCUCGACAUCGCAUUCUACCGACCUAGAGCGCGGUACCAUACUAACCAAGACGAUACCCGACAUGCCUCGCAAGAGAGCCUUUGGCACAUGCUUUCAAACGGCUUGGCUGCUGUUGAUUCGCUUCAGAAGACUUCGGGCUCCUUCACCGGUAAGCGCAAUGACGGAGACAAGAAGAAGGUUUCAAGCGGUUCCGGAACAGAGGGCGUUUGGUUCGAUAUGUUUGGCAAGGGAUUCGCCACUCUUGAGCUUCGUGGCCUCUUCGCAUGGACAUUGACCCUGCUCAUUGUGUCUCCCCUGAUUUUGGUCCUCGUCACCUACAUCCUAUCGAGGCAGGACAAGUACUACUUCUUCUCGAGGAAGGUCAAGAUAGACAUUGACGACGAAUCGGUCCCUCUUGGCGGUUGGAAGGGUUUCUUCCGUUUCCCCUUGGCCCUUAUUUUCUCGGGCGCGAUCACCGUCCUUUCUGCCCUCCUGGUUCGAAGACUGAACCCUGAGGUUGUUUCCAGCAGUCCUUAUGCAGUCUGGGCAAUGACUUUGUCUGUGUUCUUUCUCGUAUUCUGGACAAUCUCGCGCGGCGCCAACGCCGUCAGGCCGAGCGCUCUUCAACGCGGUUAUGCCCACAUUUGGCUCUUCAUCUUGAGCUGGGCUAUCCUCGUUGCUGUUACCACCGCUGCCGACAGAUUCCAGAUUGCUUCGGGAUAUCUCUUUGCCUUCUUCCAUUCCGCCGUCUUUGUUGCGACGCUCAUCACUCUCUGCGACCUUUUCGCGCUCCCGAGCAAGCGAGCCUACGCAGAGACGGCCCACGACGAUCAGCAGUCUAGGGAUAACAUAUCCGAGGUUCCCAAUUCUGAUGCUUUGAUUUCUCCGAGUCCGCACGAGGAGGGCACUACUGAAGAGCCCACGGAAACAACGCCGCUUAGGAGUGGCGACAAUGGCAGUGGAAAUAAUGGCACAAUACGCACGACAUUCGCAACAACCUACCGACGCUCGCUCUCUGCCAUCAUGUCCAACCCAGAUGACGACGACGAGGAGACUAAGGAAACAAGAGAGAAGCAACCCUAUGAGAAAGAACAACCGUGGUCAGCGAAGCUCCCAUCUUGGACCUGGUUCUUCCAACUCCUUCUGCUCGCUCCGAUCACCAUCAUCGUCUUUCUCCAAGUGGCUCUGUUCAUCACCUCGGCCAUGCAGUCCAUUGGCGCCGAUGGUGUGGACCCUUUGCUUCUCUAUACCGCGAUUGCCGUCUUCAGUAUCAUGAUUUCUUUGCCUCUUACUCCAUUCAUCCACAGGACGAGCUCCUACGUGCCGUUGGCCCUGCUGUUCAUUUUCCUCGUCAGUCUCAUCUACAACCUUGCCGCCUUCCCGUUCUCCGCGAACAACCGCUACAAGGUCAAGUUCAUUCAGCACUUGGACCUGGAUAAUGGAAACUCUUCAGUCUCGAUUCUCGGCCUGCAAAAGUACGCCCGCAAAAUGAUCAACGAGUUGCCAUCUGCGGCAGGCCGGGAAGUCAUUUGCACUCCAUCAGCUGGCUUGCUAUCUGACUGUCGAUUUGAUGGAUCUGCAGUGUUGCCCAGACUGCCUGAGCUUAAGAGCACCUCGUUUUCAGGACUCGUGUCUUCAAAGGAUCCAUACGCACAUCUCGUGACUGUUAACAUCACUUACUCGAACUCGACCAAUGAGUAUGAGCUUUGCAUUGAUGCCCCAGAGUCAAAGCAGUGUGUUCUCAAUUUCGACGACGCUGUGACGUUUGACGUUCGGGAGGGCGCCGGUAUCGACUCCCUCUUCAGCACACCUACUGAAGGGGGCAUUAACGGCAUCACGCUUUGGCGGAGGGACUCGUCUAUCCCAUGGACGAUUGACGUCAAACCAGCCGCCAAGCCCUCGGCGGCUAAGCCCGCGGAGUCAGUUCACAAGGAGACUCCCAAGGAGCACGAGGAACUUCGGAUUCGCCGGGUUCGAAAGUCUACAGGAUUCAGCGGAACGAUCUCGUGCUCUUGGAGUGAUGCCAACGUUCGCGGGACAAUCCCUGCCUUGGACGAAGCUUUACAAUAUGCCCCUGACUGGAUCGCCGUCACAAAGCAAGACGUAGGCCUGGUCAAGGCAUACAAGCGCUUCAAGGCCUAA